GUGGAGAGUAUGGCCUUCAGUGCAUUGAAUGCAUAGCCAGUGAACAGAGACUGAAAGCAAUGCAACAAUGAUUUGAUGGCAAUAAUGGCUGACAAACACAUCUCAAGCACAUCCCAAAGCGAUUCAAACGAUUAUUUCGUCAAACAGUGCCGUAGUGUCAGUGAUAGAGAAAAGUUACGACAACUGGUGUAUGAUCUAUGUGUUGGUGUGAUUAGUGGCCAAUCGAAAGCUGAUCUCAUAAUACCGUCUCUUCUGGAAGUGAUAGCUGUCAAUUCAGACAUAAUUAAUAUAUUAAGUGAUGUUUUGUUGCUAUUUGAUGUCGAGACACAGUCACUGGAAAGAGACAACACGAGAGACCUUUUUCUCCAACUCCUGUCCGCCACCAAUAAUAAAGCGAUCUCUGAAUGGGUUCUUAAGGAAAGACUCGAUUACGAGACGACUGGAGACGCGAAGAUCAUCACCAAUAAGAAGUUGGCGUCAACUAAAUUCAUCAAACUUAAGACCAGAUUAUUCUAUAAACAACAGAAAUUCAAUUUAUGUCGCGAAGAGAGCGAAGGCUAUGGAAAGCUGAUCGUAGAGCUCUGUCAGAGUGGAGCUUUCGAUACCCAUUAUAUGCUUGAAGUGAUUAAAUCACUCAUUGGUUGCUUUAAUUUGGAUCCCAAUCGAGUGUUGGAUAUACUACUGGAGUGUUUUGAAUAUCGAAUAGAUCUCCAUAAUUGUUAUAUACCUCUAAUCAAAGAAUUUCUACCAAAUUCUACAACAUUGACACAAAUUCUUGCCUUCAAAUUCAGUUUCUAUCAGAACGAGAGCGUAACGGAAACACCGGAAACUUUGUACGAAGUGGUGGCCCUCGCACUACACCAUCAGCUCAUUGAAUUGAAUCAAUUAUAUGACUUCUUGUCUCCAAUCGACAGUAAAAUAUUUGACAAUUUUAAGACAGAAUUAACAGAAGCGAAGACAUAUGCGAAGAGGAUUAAUGCGAUCGUGACGUCAGACAAACAGAGCGAAGAGCAGAUGAAUUUGGAGGAAGAGAAGCAAAAGCGGUUCUUAAGUAACCAGAAGUUGGGUUUGAUUUUAGCGCUGUUAAGAGUGGGCGACUGGGAAAACGCCAAACUCCUCAUCCAUAAACUCCCGGAAUAUUAUGCCGUCUCUUUCGAUAAUAUUGCCAAACAGUUGUGUGAUUUGAUACACUUCUCCAUCGAUAAGAUAUACAAACAACACUCAGGUUUGCCGACUGUCAUCGCCUCCAAAAUCAAAGCAUAUAAAUGUGCGAAACAACCACUUCUUAAACAAUUGGAAAAUAUAUCGGAUUUAAAAAGUAUUGCGUUUCCGAUGAUUGUGACGAUUGGUCCGCAUCUGUACAAAGACACGCUAUUGAUCGCCAAAAUAAUACGCAUUUGUCGGACACUGUUGUCCAACCCAUUGAACGCCAAUAACUUUAAGCAUGAAAUCGCGACAAUUCUGGACGAAGCAGUUCUUCCGGCGAUAUCAUUGGUUGAGAGCAAUUGUGCGCUCUCUGAAGAACUCUGGCUUCUGUUGAAGUCCUUUCCAUAUCAGCAGAGAUACAAACUGUACACCAACUGGAAGGCUGAGCCGUCAAACACACUGAUGAUUAAGACGAGGGCCGGUACUCUAAAGCGCAUCAAAUAUAUAAUGAAAAGAUUGAGCAAAGAAAACGUGAAGCUGUCCGGCCGUCAGAUCGGAAAACUAAGUCAUUCUAACCCUUCAUUUCUUUUCCAAUACAUUUUGUCACAAAUCCAGUCGUACGACAAUCUGAUCGGACCAGUGGUGGACUCAUUGAAGUACUUGACGACCAUAUCGUACGACGUGUUGUCCUUCUGUGUGAUCGAAGCACUGGCCAAUCCGGCCAAAGAGCAGACGAAGCACGAGGGAGCGACUAUCGCGCCCUGGCUUCUCAGUCUCGCCAACUUCUGCGGGUCUGUCGUUAAGAAAUAUCCCAUUGAAUUGCCCGGACUUUUACAGUUCGUUGCCAAUCAACUCAAGUCCGAGAAGUGUUUGGAUUUACUUAUUCUCAAAGAAAUUGUUCAGAAAAUGGCCGGAAUUGAGGCCUCGGAAGAGAUGACAAAUGAACAGUUGGGAGCUCUGAGUGGCGGUGAACUACUGCGCGCAGAGGGCGGGUAUUUCACUCAAGUCAGAAACACCAAGAAGUCUACCUCACGAUUAAAGGAUGCCUUACUCGACAACAAUCUUGCGAUGCCUUUGUGUAUACUUAUAGCCCAACAAAGGAAUUGUAUUUUAUUUCACGAACACUCGCACAUCAAACUCGUUGGAAAACUAUACGAUCAGUGUCAGGAGACACUCGUCCAAUACGGGAGCUUUUUAGCCAACACUUUAAACAUUGAUGACUACAUUGAAAACCUUCCGUCUCUCGAGAAAUUGAUAUCCGAUUACAGUCUAAGCGCUGACAUCACCUUCUUUUUGGUCCGACCCAUGAUUAUUCACUACAUUACUUCCAAAUUCGAUGAACUGAGAAAAGGCGAGAAGAAUGUGUCGAACAGCAGACUUGUGGCCCAAUAUAUCGAAGCCUCUGACGCUGUGACCACACCUCUGGUCAAGUCUAUAGUUCCCGCGUAUUCUUCCAAGUUUUGGGACGAUUUGAGUCCUCGAUUCUUUGUCACGUUCUGGACGCUGACGAUGUACGACCUCCAGGUGCCCACUCAGAGCUAUGAGCGAGAGCUCAAACGAUUUAGGGAUCAAAUACAAAGCGCUGAGGAGAACAAGGAUUUGGCACCAAAUAAGAAGAAGAAGGAAAAGGAGAGAUGUCUGUCAAUGAUGGAGAGGCUCACUGAAGAGGACUCGAAACAACAGGAGCACAACAAGCGAGUGAUGGCACGACUCCAGAAGGAGAAGGACCAGUGGUUUCAGUCGAAAGUGGCCAAAAUGGAAAUGACUACUCAGUUCCUACAGCACUGUCUCUUUCCUCGCUGCAAAUUCGCUGCGUCUGACGCCCUCUUCUGCGCCAAAUUCGUCCAUCUCUUGCAUUGUCUCCAAACCCCAAACUUUUCGACACUUAUCUGUUAUGAUAGGAUUUUUGGUGACAUCUCUUAUACGAUGUGUUCGUGCACUGAGAAUGAGGCCAACCAUUACGGGCGCUUCCUUUGCUCACUCCUCGAGACUGUCAUGAAUUGGCAUAAAGACAAAGAAGUGUUCAACAAAGAGUGCGCUAAAUAUCCGGGAUUUGUGACCAAAUUCUGUGAGAAGGAUCCGGUUCACGUGGAUUUCGAGAACUAUCGUCACGUUUGCCACAAAUGGCACUACAGACUAACCAAAGCAUUCAUAUUAUGUCUCGAUUCUGGAGAUUACAUACAAAUAAGAAAUUCGCUCAUUAUUCUGACGAAAGUGUUGCCGCAGUUUCCAGUUAUGCUUAGCUUCGCGCAGGCGAUUGAACGCCGCGUCGACAACAUCCGCAACGAGGAGAAGGAGAAACGGCCCGAUCUGUACGCACUCGCCACUGGAUAUUCGGGUCAAUUGAAGGCUCGUAAGUCUAAUUUCAUACCGGAAUCGGAGUUUCAUAUCAAAGAGAAUAAGAAACAAAUGACUGUUCAAAAUAACGCUCAAAAAGUGGAGAUUAAUAACAAUGCGAUUAAAAAGGAAAAAAUCGAAACCAUUGUUAAUAACGUGGAAAAAGAUGUCUCGAAGUCGAAGAAUGGCAUCGACUCUAAGGAGACAAAUGAGAAGAAAAAGGAAAUUAAAAAAGAAAACCCAAAAGAGGCGAAGAAUAGGAAAACGGUUACGAAUGAAGACAAACUGAACAAUAAUGUGGAGAAAAACAACCGAAACGAAUCGCGAUCUUCUUCGGUCUCAUCGCUAUCUCCGCGAAGAACUACUGAACACCGAAACAAAGACGAUGUCAACGAAUCAGACAAAGAACACAAGAAGAGGAAAAGUGAUUCAAUUAAAACACACGAAGAGAAUAGCGAUAAGAAACUGAAAGAAGAGGUCAAUAAUAACGGCAUUAAUAGUGUUAACACUAAUACAAGAUCUCACGAGAAAAAGCAGUCAUCGAGUGCCAGGAAAAGACAACAACAGCUCAAAGAGUCGCCCAAUAAUGAGGUCUCUUCUGAAGUGAAUUCUACGCCUAAAAGACGCAAAGAGGACGACGCGAGUAAAAGUAAACGGGAGGACAGGGAGUCCAGAAGUAAAACGACAGAAAAACGAAGUAAUUCUUCGCGACGACACAAACAAGAGGACGACAAAUGAUAGCAUUAUUUUCAAUGAUAUACUUUCAUCACUUAUUUAUUCAUUUUUCGACAU